AUGACACCCAUUCGCUUCAUAUCCACUAGUACUAUCCGGGCAGCAGUGAGUCCUAACGAGUUAACUCGAAGGAUUGCGUUAACUCCAUGGGAUCUCCAGAUGCUCUUAGUUGAUCAUGUCCGAAAGGGUCUCCUUUUCUUCAAAGCGACACCUUCACAAGAAGAAGAACUACAAGGUAACAGUGUGAUUGAUCACCUAAAAACCUCUCUGUCCCGCACAUUAGAUAUGUUCUGCCCUCUUGCUGGUCGCCUUGUCUUGGUUGAAAACAAUGAUGACAAAACCAGCUCUUUCUUUGUUGAUUGCAAUAACCUUGGAGACCAGUUUGUUCAUGCGGUGGUUGAUGAUGUUACUGUGGCAGAUAUCCUUGAUCCCAUAUAUGUUCCACACAUUGUCAACUCCUUCUUUCUGAUGAAUAGCGUAUUGAAUUACGAUGGCACUUCCAAGCCAUUGUUAGCUGUGCAAGCAACUGAGCUUGAUGAUGGUAUUUUCAUCAGCUGCACUUUAAGCCAUUGUGUAGUCGAUGGUAGUUCAUUUUGGCAUUUCUUUAACACUUGGUCUGAAAUAUCUAGAGGUAAUAAUAUUGAUCCCACAUCACAAUCUGCUCCAAUUUUCCAACGUUGUUAUUUUGAUGGUAUUAUUGAUUUCCCACUGUUAAACUUGAAGAAGUGGAUAAUAGUAGCAAGUUUUCCAAACAAAGUUUGUUUUUCGUUUUCUUUCUCACUCAUGGCUUCCGAUUCCACAAACAAUACUCAAUCUCAAACUGCACAUUCAGUGCCUUCUUCAAGUGCAGCAAUGGCAGAUGAAUCUGCGAAUAAUCCUUUCUUUCAUCCAACGAAUGAAAAUCUUGGUCUCAUUCUCACUUCACAACCUCUGACUGGUCCUGAGAAAUAUAUGAGUCGGGCAAGAUCUGUGUUCUUGGUUUUGAGUGCCAGAAACAAGUUUGGAUUUGUGAAUGGAUCAAUUCCCGAGCCUAAUCCAUCUUCUCCAUUGUUUAAUUCUUAG